CACUGUCUUUCUCCACAGGGCAAGGGACAUAGGAUGACCCCAGCCUGUCCCCUCUUACUGUCUGUGAUUCUGUCCCUGCGCCUGGCUGCCGCCUUCGACCCUGCCCCCAGUGCCUGCUCUGCCCUGGCCUCAGGCGUGCUCUACGGGGCCUUCUCACUGCAGGACCUCUUUCCAACCAUUGCCUCGGGCUGCUCCUGGACCCUGGAGAACCCCGACCCUACCAAGUACUCCCUCUACCUGCGCUUCAACCGCCAGGAACAGGUGUGCACCCACUUUGCCCCCCGCCUGCUGCCCCUGGACCACUACCUGGUCAACUUUACCUGCCUGCGGCCGAGCCCUGAGGAGGCAGCGGGCCAGGCAGAGUCGGAGGUGGGGCGGCCAGAGGAAGAGGAGGAGGCAGCGGGGUUGGAGCUGUGCGGUGGCUCCGGCCCCUUCACCUUCCUGCACUUUGACAAGAACUUCGUGCAGCUGUGCCUCUCUGCUGAGCCCUCAGAGGCCCCACGCCUGCUGGCGCCCUCCGCCCUGGCCUUCCGCUUUGUUGAGGUCUUGCUCAUCAACAACAACAACUCCAGCCAGUUCACCUGCGGUGUGCUCUGCCGUUGGAGUGAGGAGUGUGGCCGCGCUGCGGGCAGGGCCUGUGGCUUUGCCCAGCCGGGGUGCAGCUGCCCUGGUGAGGCAGGUGCUGGCCCUGCCACCACCACACCUUCAGGUCCUCCUGCUGCCCACACCCUGUCCAAUGCCCUGGUGCCCGGGGGCCCAGCCCCACCUGCUGAGGCCGACUUGCACUCUGGGAGCAGCAAUGACCUGUUCACAACUGAGAUGAGAUAUGGUGAGGAGCCGGAAGAGGAACCGAAGGUGAAAACCCAGUGGCCAAGGUCUGCAGAUGAGCCUGGGCUAUACAUGGCGCAGACAGGUGACCCGGCGGCUGAGGAGUGGUCCCCAUGGAGCGUGUGUUCCCUGACAUGUGGGCAGGGUGUGCAGGUGCGGACCCGCUCCUGUGUGUCCUCCCCCUAUGGGACCCUGUGCAGCGGGCCCCUGCGGGAGACCCGGCCCUGCAACAAUUCAGCUACCUGCCCAGUGCACGGCGUGUGGGAGGAGUGGGGGUCCUGGAGCCUGUGCUCCCGCAGCUGCGGGCGGGGGUCCCGGAGCCGGAUGCGGACCUGCGUGCCCCCCCAGCACGGCGGCAAGGCCUGCGAGGGUCCCGAGCUGCAGACUAAGCUCUGCAGUAUGGCUGCCUGCCCGGUGGAAGGCCAGUGGCUAGAAUGGGGUCCCUGGGGCCCGUGCUCCACAUCCUGUGCCAAUGGGACCCAGCAGCGCAGCCGGAAGUGCAGUGUGGCAGGCCCAGCCUGGGCCACGUGUACGGGUGCCCUCACAGACACCCGCGAGUGCAGCAACCUUGAGUGCCCGGCUGCUGAUGGCAAGUGGGGGCCGUGGAAUGCCUGGAGCCUAUGCUCCAAGACAUGUGACACAGGCUGGCAGCGCCGCUUCCGCAUGUGUCAAGCCACAGGUACACAGGGCUACCCUUGUGAGGGCACUGGCGAGGAGGUGAAGCCCUGCAGUGAGAAGAGGUGUCCAGCCUUCCAUGAGAUGUGCCGGGAUGAGUACGUGAUGCUGAUGACGUGGAAGAAGGCAGCUGCUGGCGAGAUCAUUUACAACAAAUGUCCCCCCAAUGCCUCAGGGUCUGCCAGCCGCCGCUGUCUCCUCAGUGCCCAGGGCGUGGCAUACUGGGGGCUGCCCAGCUUUGCCCGCUGCAUUUCGCACGAGUACCGCUACCUGUACUUGUCACUACGGGAGCACCUGGCCAAGGGGCAGCGCAUGCUGGCAGGUGAGGGGAUGUCGCAAGUGGUGCGCAGCCUGCAGGAGCUGCUGGCCCGGCGCACCUACUACAGCGGGGACCUGCUCUUCUCUGUGGACAUUUUGAGGAACGUCACCGACACCUUCAAGAGGGCCACUUACGUACCCUCGGCUGAUGAUGUACAGCGCUUCUUCCAGGUGGUAAGCUUCAUGGUGGACGCGGAGAACAAGGACAAGUGGGAUGAUGCCCAGCAGGUGUCCCCUGGCUCUGUGCACCUGCUCCGUGUGGUGGAAGACUUCAUUCACCUGGUGGGCGAUGCCCUCAAGGCCUUCCAGAGCUCUCUGAUUGUCACAGACAACCUGGUGAUCAGCAUUCAGCGAGAGCCCAUCUCGGCUGUGUCCAGUGACAUCACAUUCCCCAUGCGGGGCCGCCGGGGCAUGAAGGACUGGGUGCGGCACUCAGAGGACCGCCUCUUCCUGCCCAAGGAGGUGCUCAGCCUCUCCUCCCCCGGGAAGCUGGCUGCCCCUGGGGCCACUGGCAGCCCCAGCCAGGGGAGGGGCCCCGGCACCAUGCCCACGGGUCCAGGCUACUCCCACCAGCGCCUCCUCCCAGCAGACCCUGAUGAGUCCUCCUACUUUGUGAUCGGUGCUGUGCUCUACCGCACCCUCGGCCUCAUCCUGCCACCCCCCAGGCCCCCGCUGGCCGUCACGUCUCGGGUGAUGACAGUGACCGUGCGGCCCCCCACGCAGCCCCCAGCUGAGCCCCUCAUCACAGUGGAGCUCUCCUACAUCAUCAACGGCACCACGGAUCCCCAUUGUGCCAGCUGGGACUACUCCAGAGUAGAUGCCAGCUCGGGGGACUGGGACACAGAGAACUGCCAGACCCUGGAGACCCAGGCAGCCCACACCCGCUGCCAGUGCCAGCACCUGUCCACCUUUGCUGUGCUGGCCCAGCCACCCAAAGACCUGACACUGGAGCUGGCGGGCUCCCCCUCGGUGCCCCUCGUGAUUGGCUGUGCCGUGUCCUGCAUGGCACUCCUCACCCUGCUCGCCAUCUAUGCUGCCUUCUGGAGGUUCAUAAAAUCUGAACGCUCUAUCAUCUUGCUGAACUUUUGCCUGUCCAUCCUGGCAUCCAACAUCCUGAUCCUCGUGGGCCAGUCCCGGGUGCUGAGCAAGGGUGUGUGCACCAUGACGGCUGCCUUCCUGCACUUCUUCUUCCUCUCCUCCUUUUGCUGGGUGCUCACCGAGGCUUGGCAGUCCUACCUGGCUGUCAUUGGCCGAAUGCGUACCCGUCUCGUUCGCAAGCGCUUUCUCUGCCUGGGCUGGGGUCUGCCUGCCCUGGUGGUGGCCGUGUCUGUUGGCUUUACCCGCACCAAAGGAUAUGGUACAUCCAGCUACUGCUGGCUCUCCCUGGAGGGUGGCCUGCUCUACGCCUUUGUUGGCCCUGCAGCUGUCAUUGUCCUGGUGAACAUGCUCAUCGGAAUCAUCGUCUUCAACAAGCUCAUGGCUCGGGAUGGCAUCUCAGACAAGUCCAAGAAGCAGAGGGCCGGGGCCUCGCUGUGGAGCUCCUGCGUGGUGCUGCCCCUGCUGGCGCUCACCUGGAUGUCCGCCGUCCUGGCCAUGACAGACCGCCGCUCCGUCCUCUUCCAGGCCCUCUUCGCUGUCUUCAACUCAGCGCAGGGCUUCGUCAUCACUGCUGUGCACUGCUUCCUGCGCAGAGAGGUCCAGGAUGUGGUCAAAUGCCAGAUGGGCGUGUGCCGGGCCGAUGAGAGCGAGGACUCCCCUGACUCGUGUAAGAAUGGGCAGCUGCAGAUCUUGUCAGACUUUGAAAAGGAUGUGGAUCUGGCUUGUCAGACAGUUCUGUUCAAGGAGGUGAACACUUGCAACCCGUCCACCAUCACGGGCACACUGUCCCGCCUGUCCCUGGAUGAAGACGAGGAGCCCAAGUCCUGCCUCAUGGGCCCUGAGGGAGGCCUGAGCUUCUCACCACUCCCUGGGAACAUCCUGGUGCCCAUGGCAGCCUCACCAGGGCUGGGAGAACCGCCACCCCCGCAGGAGACCAACCCCGUGUACAUGUGUGGGGAGGGCGGCCUGCGACAGCUGGACCUCACAUGGCUGCGGCCGGCUGAGCCGGGCCCCGAGGGGGACUACAUGGUGCUGCCCCGGCGGACUUUGAGCCUGCAGCCUGGCAGUGGGGGUGGAGCUGGGGAGGAGACCCCACGGGCCCGGCCUGAGGGCACCCCUCGGAGGGCUGCCAAGGCGCUGGCCCACACCGAAGGCUACACCAGCUUCCUGUCCGUGGACCACUCAGGCCUGGGCCUGGGCCCUUCCUAUGGGUCUCUGCAGAACCCCUAUGGGAUGACCUUUCAACCACCACCGACACCCAGCGCCCGCCAAGUGCCCGAGCCUGGGGAGCGCAGCCGGACCAUGCCCCGCACCGUGCCUGGUUCCACCAUGAAGCUGGGCUCCCUGGAGCGAAAGAAGUUACGGUACUCAGACCUGGACUUCGAGGUGAUGCACACCCGGAAACGGCACUCGGAACUCUACCACGAGCUCAACCAGAAGUUCCACACGUUCGAUCGCUACCGUAGCCAGUCUACAGCCAAGCAGGAGAAGCCCAGCCCAGGGGAGCGUCCUGGACUGUCCCAACAGCGGCGACAUCAGAGCUGGAGCACCUUCAAAUCUAUGACACUAGGCUCGCUGCCCUCCAAGCCCCGAGAGCGGCUGGCCCUACACCGGGCAGCAGCCUGGGAGCCCACGGAGCCACCAGAGGGCGACUUCCAGACAGAGGUGUGAGUGCCACGCCGGACUGCCCACUGCGUAUAAAUAUAUAUAUCUCUCUAUUUUCACACUCCACUUUGGAACAACCCAGGAGCCAGCGCCCCCUCCCCUCUCCCGACGGCUGGGCAGGGAGGCAGAGUGGACUCAGCUGGGCUGGGGGUGCGACAUAUGGCAUAGCCUGGGGGCCAGGGUCCCACCCUGUUUCUUGGAUGUCCCUCAGCCACUAGAGUCCCAUCUUCGCCCCAGCCUGUUUGUCCCUUCCCGGGCUGGGGAGGGGGGAGGGGACCUUUGUUGGGAAUAAACUUCACUCUGUGGAUUUUGCUGCUGCGCUAUUUGCUUCCCCCAGGUGAAGGCCAUCCCUGGGACCCCUGCCUUGCCCUCCAUCUCCCUGGCUCACCUCACUUGAUCUCAUCAGAUUGUGUGAUGGGGUGAGCCCUGACUGGGAGGGGGAGGCCUGGGCUGACCCCACCUUUGCUUGACUCCUUGGGUGUCCGUAGGCAAGUCCCUUCCCCUGUCUGGGUCUUGGUCUGGGGUGAGCAGAUUGGGAAGGUGGGAUAGGGCCCCUUGC